CCUGCUCCAAAUUACCAAGUAGCUAGCUACUAUGUAUACAACUUAAAGCUCCCAUCUUUUUUCUUCCCUCUCCGAACAAACCCAAACCCACUACCAUAAUGACCCGACCCGUUUUCCUCCUCCUCUUCCUCCUCCUCCUCGUCAUCUCGCCGUCUCUGACCACCUCCGAUUCCCACUUCGAAGGCUUCGAACCUGAAGACGAUGACGUCGUAGAAGAAGAAGAACUCAUAAACCCCGAUUCGUUUAAACGCACUGAUCUUCCUUUAACGACAUCGUCUUCAGAUCCUGUACCGGAAAAUCUUGAUUCAAACCCGAAUCCGAACCAGGAUUCAUCAAAUUCGGAUUCCGAUAUCCCAAAGCCCACUACAUCUACGUCAACGGCGUCCGCUUUCGAUUACUGGGAUGAAGAUGAAUUCGAAGGGGUCCCCGUUCAUCAACCGCCGCCGGAAAUCCAAAAAGUUGUCGAAUCCGCCGCCGUUGACGGUAAUCAAAGCGCCGAUUUGAAGUCUACAGAAAUUCUACCGAAGAAACAAUCGUAUGUGAUUGAAAUUGUGUGCGUUUCUUUUUUGAUUUGCUUUAUAAUCAAUUAUUUUACUGGUAAAAAAGAGAAUGAGAAUUUAGCGUUAUCAUGGGCGUCGAAAUUCGCCACGAAGGACUCGAUUUUCGAGAAGAAUUUUAGUUUACUAGGCGUUGGCGACGGGGAUGAUUCCCCUUUGUUGUUAAAAGAGGGGCAGAACGUUUUUAAAUUUUACGCGAGUGGGAGGCGAUACUGUCAAGGGUUAUUAGCUACAAUGGAGUUGAAGAGUAGGCAUGAUUUGAUUUCGAGACUUUAUAAUAUGAUUGUUCCGUGUAAGGAUGAGAUUAGUUUUGAGGUUUAUAUGAAUGAUGAAGCUAUGGAUCAGGUUGUUUUUGCUAUUGCAAAGAAGAAAGCUGCGAAAAGUAUGCAGAAAGAGGUUAGGGAUCUGCAGAAGUUUGCGGGGGUUGUGGCGCAGCAUCCCGGUGGGAGGAAGUGGGUGAGCGAGGAAUUGGCGGUUAUUUCAGAGUCGAAGGAGGUUGCUGGUGAUUUGAUCACUGAGGCUGUGCUUGAACAGGUAUUUGGUGAAAAAGCUUUCGAGAAGUAUGGUAAGGGUUUCAUCUCCAUGCAUUUUUCCGAUCAACACCCGGGAACACACAGGAAGAUGCUGCUAUUCAAAUUUGCUCUUCCCAAUGCCAACAACAUGGCAGACAUGACUCGAUUGGUGGCACUGGUUCCUUAUUACAUCGACCUAGUUGGCCGCUACAAAUUGAGCUCCCAGGCUCGAUCUAAAACGGAUUCAACGAGAGUAAAAGCUGCCCAAGAAGCGCACAAAGAACUUCAAAAUGUGAGGCAAGAAGCAUUGCAAAGAAAGAAGGCAGAGAGACGAAAGAUGCUAGAGGAGGCUGAAGCAAAACUCGGUGCAGAGGCUAUCCGUAAGAAAGAAGCAAAAGAGCGUGCUCGUCAGAUGAAGAAAGCAAUGCCGAAAAUGAAAAUGACCCGUGCUCACUAGAUUUGUCAUCCUCCUCGUUUUUGUUGCUGCAGUCGGGCGGUACUCGGUCCCAAUUACAUUGUAGCUGUGUUUCUUUGUCUAGCAUGGGUUUUCUUGAUUCCAUGCUCUCAGGCAUUGUAUUUGAGCAAUUGUUCCUAAUUUAAAUUUAGCUAGCCUGCAAAUAUUACCAUCUUUGAGGGUUUGAAUUCACGGAGGUGAAACACUUUGGAAUGGUAAUUUUUUUCUUAGAAUUACGUUUUAACUUGUUA